AUGCGUCGCUCAGCUCUCUGGCUAACCCUAGUCACAGCAGUAUCCUCAAUUCCAUUAUCCCAGCGAGACUCGGGAGCUUCUUCCCACCCACCAACAGCAACUCUCUCCCCUGGCAAUGCAAGCCCCAAAAGCGUAUUCGUGGGCCGGCUACUCCCCGAGUUCGACCAAGAUCUUUUCCUGGGCAUCAAGUAUGCCGACGAACCGACUCGCUUCACACCAGCAAAAUUGAAAUCUCAUUACGCGUCGAAUGAUAGUAACUCUGGUGUCUACGAUCUCUCGGCGGCAGGAGUAACGUCACACUCGAACACUGUCUACUACAAUGCGACUGAAUAUGGAAAUGACUGCCCGGGCUAUGGAUCUGAUACCACUAAAUUAGUGGAUAUGGGAUUAGUUAAGCUGAAUGAGGAUUGUCUCAAUCUGAAUGUGAUUAGGCCUUGGACUGCUGGGGAGGAGAAGUUGCCGGUUAUGCUGUGGAUUUUUGGUGGUGGAUGGUCGCAGGGUGCUACUGCAGAUCCUAGAUACAAUAUGAGCUAUAUUGUCCAGCAGAGUGCGUUGAACGGCAAGCCCGUGCUGGGUGUCUCGAUCAACUAUCGUCUGUCGGCAUUUGGAUUCCUGGAUUCGGAGGAAGUCAGAUCCGAGGGAAAUACCAAUCUCGCCCUUCGGGACCAGCGCAUUGCUAUGCGGUGGGUGAAGGAGCAUAUCAAGGCAUUCGGUGGGGACCCCGAUCGAAUCACGAUCUGGGGCGAGUCGGCGGGAGCUUAUAGCGUGGGAGCGCACCUUGUCGCCAACACUGGCGAUAACGAGGGUCUCUUCAGAGCUGGUACGAAAACACCUUCCUUUUCACAUAUCGAGGAGAAUCUCACAUUGGUUACAGCAAUCAUGGAGUCCGGAAAUGCAGUAGGACCACCCUAUAAUGGCACAGAAUGGCAUCAGCCAAUGUACAAUCGAAUUGUCCAACGAACAGGAUGUGUGAAUGCAACCAAUACCCUUCAAUGCCUCCGAGACCUCCCCUACGAAACUUUUUACAACAACGCCUACGAAGGAUUAGAAUGGUUCGCUACAAUUGACAAUAUCUUCAUUUCAGAGUAUCCCCAGAUAAGCUACCGCGAAGGGAGAUUUGCCACGGUUCCCAUCCUGCUUGGCACGAACACGGAUGAAGGGACUAGCUUCGGGACAACGGGCACCAAUACGGAUGAAGAUUGUAUUGCUCAGUUGAUAUCUUCCAAACGCUGGGUCCUCACCCGCGAGGAAGCCACCAAACUCCUCACCUACUAUCCCAACAUCCCAGCCCUCGGUUGCCCCUACGGCUGGGGCAAUGUGACAUGGCCAGAUAAAGGGCUACAAUACAAACGGUAUGAAUCCAUGGCUGGCGAUAUAUCCAUGGUAGCACCCCGUCGGAUGCUGGCACAAGCCAUGUCCCGUUUCGAGGAUCAUGUUUAUUCGUAUCGGUGGGACGUUGCUGCGUUGAAUACUUCGACGACAAUUGGAGUACAGCAUUUUGCAGAGAUCCCGUUCGUCUUCGCAAAUCCAGUCCAGAAUAUCACCGCUCUCGGAUCGGAUCCUGCACGCUUGGAACUCGGACAGAUGGCUGCUCGCAUGUGGACUUCGUUCGUGACUGAUUUGAAUCCUAAUGGGCACGGAGUACCGCACAUCCCCAAGUGGCCUUCCUAUUCAUCCAAAGCUACAAACUUUGUUUUCCGGCUUUCUAGGAAUGAGAGCUAUGUGGAAGCUGAUACCUAUCGUGCAUCGGGGAUGGAGUUUAUUAAUCGUAUUGCGCGCUGA